AUGGCGCACCAAGAUCAAGCUGCGCUGUACUACUACAUUUGUAAUUACCCUGUCCUCUUGGCCACAAUCUUAUUACUAGUCCCUCUCCUCCUCCUCGUCAAGCUCAGGCCAGGCAACCACCGCCGGGGCAAAAACCCACCGCCGGGGCCAUGGCAGCUGCCGGUGAUUGGUAGCCUGCACAGCCUGGUUGGGGCCCUUCCACACUACCGGAUGCGGGAGCUGGCCCGACGGCAUGGCCCUCUGAUGCUGCUCCGUCUGGGUGAGAUCCACGUUGUGGUGGCCUCGUCGGCCAGCGCCGCGAGAGAAAUCCUGAAAACCCAUGAUGCCGUCUUCGCAACGCGGCCCCGGACUAGCACAACGAGCGCAAGCAUAAGCCAUGGCGUGGGCAUCGUGUUGGCGCCCAUGGGCGAGCACUUGCGCCAGGUUCGCAAGCUCUGCGUCAACGAGCUGCUUAGCACACGGAAGGUGCAGUCCUUCCACAAGAUCCGCGAGGAAGAGGCCCGGAAGCUCGUGGCGUCCCUGGCGUCCCAGUCCCUGCAGCCCGAGGCCGUGAACGUCAGCUCCCGCCUCGUCGCCUACUUCAACAACACGGUGGCGCGAGCCGUGUUGGGCGACGAGAUCACGGACCGGGACGCCUUCAUCGAGUGCCUUGACGAGGGCAUCAGGGUGGCCGCGGUGUUGAGCCUCAGCGACUUGUUCCCUUCAUCACGCCUCGCUCGCGCAUUCUGCGGUACCACGCGACGGCUGGAGGCGGCGUCCCGACGUAUGAGGCAUGUCACCAACGGCAUCAUCGAGGAGCAUCGCGCCAGGAGGGCAGUCGUCGGUGCUGGCAACGGAGACGAAAACAUUCUAGACGUGCUGCUAAGAAUCCAGACGGAAGACGCGACUCUCCACAUGGGAACCAUCCGCGCCAUGAUCACGGAUCUCUUCGUGGCCGGGAGCGAGACCCCGGCGACGAUGCUCAACUGGGCCAUGGCGGAGAUGAUGAGGAACCCAAAGGUGUUGGGCAGGGCGCAGGCAGAGGUGCGCGCAACCCUAGCAGGACAGAGCCACGUCCCGGAGAAGGCCCUACCAGAGCUACGCUACCUGCAACUGGUAAUUAAGGAGACGCUGCGGCUGCACAUGCCCGGGCCGCUGCUGAUGCCACGGGAGUGCCAGGAGCCUUGCCGCGUCCUGGGCUAUGACGUGCCCAAGGGCGCGAUGGUGCUGGUCAAUGCCUGGGCGAUCGCCCGGGACAACCAAAACUGGGGCUCCGACGCGGAGGAGUUUUGUCCCGAGAGGUUCCAGGAACCUGCUCAAGCCGCUCAUGUGGACUUCAGGGGGCAACACUUCCAGUUUUUGCCCUUCGGUGCCGGCCGGAGGAUCUGCCCAGGGAUGAACUUCAGCCUCCCUGCCAUGGAGCUGGCGCUGGCCAGCCUGCUCUUCCAUUUUGACUGGGAGCUCCCCAAGGGCACCCUUCCGGCUCAACUCGACAUGGCCGAGGUGUUUGGGAUGACGGCCAAGAGGAAGACCGAUUUGCUGCUGCAUGCCUAUCUUCGUGUGCCUCUUCCGGCCUCCUCCUAA